AUAUGGCAGGAGCAUAUAUAUUUGCGACGGAUUCUCUCCACGUGUCAGUUGCCCACUAUCUGCGUCCCCAGACAAGAUGAGCUACAGAGUCCAGCCAAGCGGCUUCGCCACCAAGUCCAUCCACUCAGGCCAGAGUGCCGAGCAGUGGAAGAGUGCAUCUGUAAUCCCGCAGAUCUCGCUGAGUACUACCUUCAAGCAGGAUGCUCCGGGUGAGCACCGUGGCUACGAGUACUCCCGGAGUGGAAAUCCCACCAGGACCGUUCUGGAAACCUGCUUUGCUGCUCUUGACAACGCGAAAUACGGUUUGACUUUCUCGUCGGGAUUGGGAGCCACCACCGCUGUGCUGACCAUGUUGAGCAGCGGCGAUCACAUCAUCAUGGGUGACGAUGUAUACGGCGGAACUAACCGCCUGAUCCGUCAGGUGGCCACCCGCCUGGGAAUCUCCGCCUCUUUUGUGGAUCCCACAAACUUGGAUGUCAUUAAGGCUUCCAUCAAGCCGGAAACUAAGCUGGUGUGGAUUGAGUCGCCGACAAACCCGCUGUUGAAGGUGGCCGACAUUGAGGCAAUUGCCAAGCUCGUUCAUGGCGUGCGGGAGGAUUUGAUUUUAGCCGUGGACAAUACCUUCCUCACCUCAUACUUCCAGCGACCCCUUGAACUGGGCGCCGACUUGGUUUGCUACUCCUUGACCAAGUACAUGAACGGACACACGGAUGUGGUCAUGGGCGGCAUCACCAUGAACUCCGAGAAGCUUUACAACAGCUUGAAGUUCCUGCAGAACGCCGUCGGCAUUGUGCCCUCGCCAUUCGAUUGCUACCAGGUGAACAGGAGUCUGAAAACCUUGUCGCUGCGCAUGGAACAGCACCAGAAGAAUGGUCUAAAGGUCGCCAAGUUCUUGGAGACCCACCCGUUCGUGGAAAAGGUCCUGCACCCCUCGUUGCCCUCCCAUCCGCAGCACGCGAUUGCUUUAAAGCAGACCUACGGAUAUAGCGGCGUAUUUUCCUUCUACAUCAAGGGUGAUCUAAAGCACUCUACGGCGUUUCUGAAGGCCCUCAAGGUGUUCACCCUGGCGGAGAGUCUGGGCGGAUACGAGAGUCUGGCGGAGCUGCCAUCCGUGAUGACCCACGCCUCGGUUCCGGCGGAGGAUAGAAAGACCCUAGGUAUCACCGAUGGUCUCAUCCGCCUGUCUGUUGGACUGGAAGAUGCUGAGGAUCUGAUUAAGGAUUUAGAGCAGGCCCUUGCCAUUUCCUCGAAGGCCUAAGUCACUCACAUCACAUUAUUUUCUCAGGAUUUUUGUAAAUCUGCAGUUAUUUGUAAAUUAACCCACCCAAUAAAAAUGUUUUGUCGCUUAUCAUA